AUGAUUGAAUCAACACUAUCAAAAUUGGCCCAAGAAGUUAAAGAAAUCCAAGAUGCCAAACAGAAACUUCAGGAUGAAAAUGAUUUGUUGAAAUUGAAGAUAAUUGAAAUGAAGAAAGAUUAUACAAGAGAAUUGGUGGAUAUGAAACGUCUAUAUAAAAUACAACAUAAGCAACACGUUAAAACCUAUCAAGACAAGAUUGAUCAAUUGACUUUAAAAAUACGGAAAAUGCAUAAGAAUUCAAGUGAAAGUUCUCCCCGUAAUGUUUUACAACCAAAGGAUAUGAAUCGGUUUACCGUCCCCAAGAUGAUCAAUAAACCUGAUUUAGCCGCACCUAGUGUUUCAACGGUCCAUAACGAGAAUGUCAAUAACGGGAAAAUCAAGGUAAAGACUACAGAAUACAUACCGGGUUUACCAUAUAGUCAGUAUGAGAAUCCCGAUAUAAUACCCACACAAUAUUCUACAGAUUCCGAUAUCGAAGGUCAUAUUUCUCCCAUCAAACAAGAAAUCAAUUCACCAUCAACUUCCCAAGUUUUCCAUAGUUCCCCAGUAAAAUUUGACAAUUCCCAAAGUCAACCCACCCGUAACGAUGAUUACGAAGAUAAUGAGCCAAAAAAUGUGAAGAGGCAAAAGAUUGUCAACGAAUAUGAUAUAUCCUUAGAAGAAAUCGAAUCUAUAUUUAAAGAUACAACCCCUCUAUUCCAACGUCACUGGAUGAGCAAAUAUUACGAAAAUAAAUUUACAAAGGUUCCUGAUUUCAAGAUAGAUCUUACAGAAAAUCCAAUAACAAGAAAACCUUGGAAUAUUAAUGAUUUUACCAGAAAAUUUGAAAUCAGUGAAACUCCUCCAUUCUUCUAUAUCAAAGAUAAUACCUCACAAGAAGAUAGAAUUACGAAAAUGAAAAGUGAAAAUGAUUUGAAGAAAACUAUCCGAACAAGAUUGAAUCAAAUUUUCACUGGUGAAAAUUAUUUCCUUGUGGAGAUAUUAAAUAAAUACGUUAAAGCUGAUAGAUAUAUCAUUGAUAAAUCAGUUUUGGAAAAUUAA